UAUUAACAAAUUCUUUUAAUUAAAAGUACGCCAAACAUGUAAAUAUUGCAGGCGAAUAAAAAAACAAAUUGUUUAAACAAUAAAAACGAAACGAAAAAGUAAAUAAAAUCUACAAAAGCAACCAAACGAAAAAAAAGAAGAAAAAAAACGCUGUGGUUGUACGUGAAGAGCAAAGCCAAAAAAAAAGAAGCAGCCACGAAGUGAAAAUAAAUAAUACUUAAAAGAAAAUUAUUAAUAAAAGAUUUCGAUUUGUAUCGAAUAAGAGAAAUUUAUAAAUCUGCCGAUAUUUAUAAAUAAAACAUUAUGGCGGAUAUUGCAUAUCCCACAGGAUGCAAACCCCUAACAGAAGAUCUGGGAACGGAUGAACUAAUACGACGUUUAAAGACCUUAGCCAAUGUACUGCAGGCCAUGGGUCAAGAUGAUGGCAUGUAUCAACAGUAUAUACCAUUGUCCAUACAUCUAGCUGACUAUUAUUUUCUACAGCAUCAAUCACGUGAUGUACAACUGUUAGUAGCCUGUUGUAUAGCCGAUGUUUUACGUGUCUAUGCUCCCGAAGCACCCUAUAAAGAUCAAGAACAAAUUAAGACAAUAUUUAUGUUUUUCAUAAAACAAUUACAUGGUCUUAAAGAUCCAAAAGAUCCCUCGUUUAAACGUUAUUUUUAUUUAUUGGAAAAUUUAGCUUAUGUCAAGUCAUUUAAUAUGUGUUUCGAAUUGGAAGAUUGUGCUGAAAUAUUUUGUGAAUUAUUUGGCAUGAUGUUUAAAAUUGUUAAUGAGGAGCAUAGUACCAAAGUUAAAAAUUUCAUGAUUGAUAUCAUGUCUCCAUUGAUAAGUGAAGCCGAUAACUUUACCACAGACAUUUUGGAUAUAAUAUUAAUAAAUAUUGUUGAACCCAAAAAAUCACAAAAUAAAUUUGCCUAUCAAUUAGCUGAGCAGUUGAUUGUUAAAACCUGUGACUCUUUGGAAACCAUUAUUAAACUGUUCUUUAAUCAAGUUUUGGUUUUAGAUAAAAUUGAUAAUAAUUAUGAAAUCUGUCAUAAGGUCUACGAUUUAAUCUAUGAAUUACACAUUAUAUGUCCGAAUAUUUUGUGUUCAAUUUUGCCUCAAUUGGAAUGUAAACUUAAAUCUUCAAAUGAACAAGAGCGUUUAAAGGCCGUUGCCCUAUUGGCACGCAUGUUCUCCGAAAAAGGUUCUCAACUGUCAAAAAAACACUCUGCCUUAUUGCGCAUGUUUUUGGGUCGUUUCUGUGACAUAUCCGUUAGCAUACGCGUCAAGUGUGUACAAUCAUCUAUGCACUUUUUACUCAAUCAACCCCACCUGCGUGAAGAUAUCAUAUCAUGUCUGCGUGCCCGUCAACAUGACUCCGAUGAAAAUGUACGCUAUGAAGUUGUUAUGUCUAUAGUGGAAACAGCAAAACGUGAAUUUACCAUAGUUUGUGAAUCAGAAGAUCUAUUAGAUUUUGUGCGUGAACGUACGUUAGAUAAAAAAUUCAAAAUACGUAAAGAAGCCAUGUGGGGCUUGGCUUUUGUGUAUAAAAAAGCCAUUUGUGAGCCCAACAAAUUAACGGAGGAUGUUAAAAAGUCCAUAGAAUGGAUUAAAAAUAAAAUAAUGCAUGGUUAUUAUAUGCCCACCCUAGAAGAUCGUUUACAAGUUGAACGUUUAUUAAUCACCUCUUUAGUGCCCUAUAAACUAACGCCAGUGGAACGUAUGAAACAAUUGUAUCAUUUAAUGGGCACCUUUGACGAUAAUGCCACCAAGGCAUUUAUAGAAUUACAAAAGAAUCAAAUGAAAACACGCAAAACCGUCCUAGAAUGGGUAAAAUUGCAUAAAACUAAAGAAUUAACACCAUCAUUACAAAAUCAAUUGAAUGUCAAACAAGCGAUCAUUUGUAAACUCUUAGCAGAUCCCCUUAAAGCCUCUGAAUAUCUAACACGUUUUAGUUCGAAUCUACGUAAAGAUCCGACACUGUUUCGUUAUAUGGAAACCAUAUUAAAACGUGAUGUUUCUUGUAAAGAUUGUGCUGAUACAAUGUCGUUGUUACUCAAGAAGUUGGGUACACCGAUAAUGACGAAUCUAUAUUAUCAAACGGUGAAAAUGUUAAUCGAACGUAUUGCUUCGGUAAUGAUUGAUAAGGAGUCAGUGUUUAUAUUAAUUGGUUUAAUAGAAGAUUGUAUGCGUGGUGGAGAGACAGCUAAAGAAAUUGGCCUAUCACCUAGUGAGGCUGGUGAACAAGGUUUAAAAUUAUUAACUGCUUUAUCAUAUCUAUUUUCACCACACUUUUUCACCGACAAAACACUUCGACACAUGAUUUCUCUGCUCAGCUAUAAUGUUGACUAUGCUGCUCCUCUCAUUCUAAAAUCUCUAACACAUUUGGGUCGUUAUAAACCUCUAAUAAAUGUUGAUCCCAACAUACUUGAAGAAUUGGCGCCAGUCUGUAAAGAUUUUGCUGUUGAGGGUACACCGAAACAGGCGAAACAUGCUGUUCGCUGUAUAUUUGUCAAUACACAAGCGGUAGUUAAUGGCGGCACUGAUUGUGCGAAUACACCAAAAAUGAUACAUCCAAUAUUUAAUGAUAUCAUGGAUAAUUUACGUCUUACCUUAAAACCGAAUUGUCUUAAACAACGUACAAAAGUUGUUACCAUGGGUCAUAUAGCCUAUAAUAUGCCCAAGGCAUUUGCCGAUAAAAUCAAAAAUAUGAUUGCACGACGUAUAGUCAAAGAAUUACUGAUACAGCCUGUACCUGAAGAUAGGGUCUGUUCGAAGAUCGAAGGUGAUUGGUGUGAACAAGAACAGUUGCCUACAGAUACUUUAUGUAAAUUAGAUGGUUUAAAGACAAUGGCACGUUGGCUAUUGGGUCUGAAAGAUGAUGAGGCAUCGGCUAAGAAAACAUUCCGCAUGUUAAUUGCCUUUAUACAUCAUGGCGGUGAUUUGUUGAAUCAUAAACGUAUGUUUGCAGCCGAAUCAUCAUGGUUUAGAGUGGCUGCUGCCUGUGCCAUGCUUAAAGUGUGCGAACAGAAAGGUGUAGGAGAUCAAUACACUGCCGAGCAGUAUUACAGUUUAGCACAAUUAAUGUGUGAUCCUGUGCCUCAAGUCCGUGAAAUGUUUGCCCGCAAAUUGCAUAAAGGUUUAAAUAAGGGUUUACCCAGCAAUUGUUUACCAUUGGAUUUUAUGGGUUUCUAUGCUUUUGCUGGUAAUGAAACGGAUAAAAAAUUAUUGGACUUAAAACGUCAAUUUUUGGAAGCUGAUAUCAAUCGAAGACGUGAAUAUCUAAAAACAAUACAAACCACAACUCCAGACAUUUCUUCGGAACAACGUUUACACCUACUACCUGAUUUUAUAUUAGCUUUUGCUAUACCCAUUUUAGUACAUGAUCCGAAAUUUACCGAUCAUGAGGAUCGUGUACAAUUAAAACAAAUUGAGAAAUGUUUACGCUUUAUAUUAGAUCCUUUAAUGGCUAAAACUGAGGCCUUUUCAUAUAGUUUCUAUAAGAAUUUAAUUGAAUUAAUGAAGGAUCAUUAUGUGGUAACGCCGAAUGAAGAUAUACAAGCCUAUAAUUUGAAAAUGUGGGCUUGUUGUGAUCUCGCUAAUUAUAUAAUUUGUUCCAAAAUGGGACAAUGUGAUUUAACGCCAAACAAAACAUUCAAUGUACCCAUUAAAUUACCACCCUUAUAUUUCCAAAAACCACCCCCCGAGUCACAAGAUUUUCUACCAAAUACCAAAAUCUAUAUACCCUACGAUAUGUAUUCAUUGAUUACUACUUUGGGUCCUGCUAAGAAAAUAGCAAAUGCCUUGAAACCCACUACGAGUGGUGGUCACUCGACAAUAAAAUCUAAUGCUGACAAACGUCCAGCCUCCGAACAUUUAACCUCAAUAGAUCAAAAUUCAUUGGAAAAUGCUUCAUUGUUUGAUGGUGUUAAGGAUGAUAAUACAGAACCCAGCGCUAAAAGAACUCGAACUAAUGCCAUGCGUGCGGGUAAAACGUAAAUGUUAUUUAAUAAAUUAUACAGGAAUUUUUUUUAUUUUAUAUAUACUAUAUAGUCUAUAAUAAAUGACAACAAUAAUAGCAACAACAACAACAACAUUCUUGGUAGAUCCAGUUGACCACUUAACAACAACAACAAACAAACAAACCCUACAGAAAAAAAUUUAUAAAAAAAACUUAAAAUGGGGGAUUUAACACAAAGAAAAGGGAAUUUUUAAAUACAAAAUAUAAAUAAAAAAGAAAAAAAUAUCUGUACUUGUAAAUUAGUAAUAUUCGUUUUUAAGUCUUCUUAUUUUUUAAUGUUUAAUUUAAUUUUUAUUUAAUUCUUAAUUUUAUAAAAGAAACAAAAGAAAACAAAACAAAAUACAAAUAACACACCAAGUGUAAUAGUUGAUAACGUAAACUGUUUAAUAUUUUGUAGCAAAACUUUUUGCCAAAAUAAUUCAAGAAAAAAAAAAUAUGUUAAAAUAAUAAUAAAUAUAGGCAUGUAAAACAACAACAAAAAAAAAGAGUUCCAAUUGAUUGGAAAACAAAAAAAUAUAUAUAUAUAUAAAUAUUGUGUAAUUUUUGUUCUAAUGAAAAGGGAAUAAAUACUGCGAAGUUUA